AUGUGGACUACUCGAGAAGUGAUUGAUGCUAAUAUGCCAGAUGUGUUCAAGGAGAAAUUUCCAAAUACACGCGUCAUCAUAGGCUGCACGGAAAUUCAAACAGAAACUAACCAGCCGUCACCAGCUGUAGCUACCUUUGGAUUAAGGAAGGUGGUGGAGGAUGCCUCAGAUGACAUUAAGGAGUUUGUUCAAAGGAAUUUCUAUGUAGACGAUGGACUGACGUGUGAUGAUGUGGAUUCAGCCAUCUCCUUGGUAAAAAGAACCCAACACACUCUCAAGGACAAUGGCAAUAUCCGACUUCAUAAAAUUGCAUCAAACAAUCCAAAAGUUCUUGAUGCAUUCAGUGCAGAGGAUAUCGCGAAGGAUAUUAGUGAUAAAGGCAUACAAGAAGACACGACCCCUCUCCAGAGAAGUCUAGGUCGCCAAUGGGAUAUUGCAAAUGACUCAUUUACUUUCCAAAUAGACAUUGGCUAUAAACCAUAUACAAGACACGGAGUUUUGGCUACUACGUGA